UUGACCUCAAGUCUUUUGUAAUGCCAUGUAUAGAUAAGAAGAAAUUGGGGCUAUUUAUUUAUCUAAAUUUCUAAAUUUCGAAAUACAAAAAACUCUACUAAGCCUCGCAAGCAAGAGGAGCAAAAUCCAUUGCCGAAUUGUUUAUCGAUAAAUCCAAACAGAUUCGCACCAGAAAACGCCCAACACCAACAACUCCAUUCGUUAUCCUUAUAUCCACACACACACACACACAAUUCUCAGUUCUCACACACCAGAAGAAGAACUCUGCAUCACAGAGAGAAUGGGAUCCGGUGCUUCGAAGGAAGCUGAUGGUGAUUCAGAAGGAAGCAAGGAGACAGUGGACCAAGCAGGUGGACAACUCUACGUCUCCCUCAAGAUGGAGAAUCGUAAGCUUACUGGGGAGCUUGUUCCUCACGUUUAUGGCUCUGUUCCUCUUGUGGGCUCUUGGGAUUCUUCAAAAGCUCUUUCCAUGGAAAGGGAAUCUGUGUCAAUGUGGGAGCUGAGCUUUGUUGUUCCUCCUAAUCAUGAAACUUUGGAUUUCAAAUUCCUGUUGAAGCCUAAGUACAGCAAUACGCCUUGUUUUAUUGAGGAGGGUCCAAACCGCAUACUCAUCGGGGGAGCGUUGCAGGAGGAUGCCAAGGUUGCAUUGUUUAAGCUUGAUAAUGGCGAGGUUCUUGAAUUUCAAGUGUUUGUUAAAGCAGACAGGGUUUCUCCCUUUGACCUCGCAGCUAGUUGGAGGGCUUAUCAAGAGAACUUCCGUCCUUCAGCUGUUCGUUGGGUGCCUGAUGUCAGCAUAAAUUCAGCACCUCAGCCAGGUGGCGAGGGUUUGGAACUUGAUCUUGAGCAUUAUGUUGUCCCUGCUCCCUCAACCUCUGCAAAUUCAGCCCAUGUAUAUGCAGCUAAUAUGACAGAGAAUCCAAGGUCACUAAUUAGUCGGUCUGGCAGCAGUUCAUAUUCCACCAACGUUAAGGAGAUGGAAGUUAUUGUGCCAGAUCCAUCUAAGGUGUUUCAAAGUUCUGGAAUGGUUGAAUCCAAGUCAGUGGGAACAUUUUCGCCUUUGCAAAAGCAAGAUAGUCAGAGAGGACUUUUUGUCGAUAGAGGUGUUGGGUCUCCUAGACUUGUAAAAUCUUCUUAUUCAAAUGUGUUUUCCAAUGAUCUUAAUUUGGGCAGUGAUACCAAGAGUUCAAUGCCAGCUGCUGCUGGAGCUGUUGCAGCUGCAGCUGUUGCUGAUCAGAUGCUGGGGCUAAAGGAAGAUAGACAUUUGGCGAUUGUCCUGGUAGGUCUGCCAGCUCGAGGCAAAACUUUUACUGCAGCUAAACUUACAAGAUAUCUUCGUUGGUUAGGUCAUGAUACGAAACACUUCAAUGUUGGGAAGUAUCGUCGCCUUAAGCAUGGAGCUAAUCAGUCUGCUGAUUUCUUUCGAGCUGACAAUCCUGAAGGCAUAGAGGCACGCAAUGAGGUAGCAGCACUGGCAUUUGAAGAUAUGGUAUCGUGGAUGCAAGAAGGUGGCCAGGUUGGGAUUUUUGAUGCCACAAACACUGACAGGAAACGAAGAAACAUGCUGAUGAAAUUGGCUAAAGGAAGAUGCAAGAUUAUCUUCCUGGAAACAAUCUGCAAUGAUGUAAACAUAAUUGAGAGGAAUAUUCGUCUUAAAAUUCAACAAAGUCCUGACUAUGCAGAAGAGCCAGAUUUUGAGGCUGGAUUGCAAGACUUCAAAAACCGUCUGGCCAAUUAUGAGAAGAUUUAUGAGACAGUAGCAGAAGGAUCUUACAUAAAAAUGAUUGAUAAGGUCAGUGGACAUGGUGGACAAAUACAAGUGAACAAUAUCAGUGGCUACCUUCCUGGACGAAUUGUGUUUUUCUUGGUAAAUACUCAUCUUACACCGCGUCCAAUAUUACUUACUCGGCACGGAGAAAGUCAGGACAAUGUGAGAGGCAGAAUUGGGGGAGAUACUGCACUAAGUGAGGCUGGAGAACUUUAUUCAAAGAAGCUUGCCAACUUUGUUGGAAAGCGUCUCAAAUCAGAACGAGCUGCUUCUUAACUUUUGCUGGUUUAGUUAUGGGUAUAAGGCCAAGAAAAACCAAGUGAAUCUAUUAAGGAAGAUGUAGAUCUAUGUGCAUUCUCUUGAGACCUGGUUUUGACAUAAUAAAGCGGUAUGGUUUGAACCAUCUAUCCAAUUCACUUAGUGAAGAAAUCCUUUUUGUUGUUGUGGGAGUUGGUAUUUCUUUUGGGAGUAGGGUGAGGAAGGGGACUUCUGAACUAUACAGUAGUCAUUGAAGUUAAAGUGGAGGACAUUAGUUGUAUGGUUAAUGUGGGAAAGUUCUUGUUAACGGCAAACGUCUCCUGAAGAAAUGAUUGUUGACUGAGAAAAAAAAUGCAUACGCUGAAAAGUUGAAACUGUCUCAAGCCUCGAAUACAACAUGGACUCAAUAUCUAUAUGAUGAACAUAAUAAAUACAAAUAUACAAUCUGAAACUAGACAUAAUAAUACACCUUUUUAACGAAGUUAUGGUAGUAUAAUGAUCAUUGUGCCAUGCAUUGGAAAGUAAAGAGCUGCUUAGGAUGUCAGUCCAGAAAAGCUCUAUGGGUUUGGGAAGAUUUAUAAAGAAGAUCAAUCUUAGGUUCCAUAUUCUUCCUUCCUGGAAGUAAUGCACUGAGUUUCAUUUAUUUAAAUCAAAUAUCAAUUAUUAAAUUCUAAAGCAUGUCUAGUAUGUGCUUGUGGUCAUUGAGGUGAUGUUUUAUUUUUAUAAAAUGGAGAGGGAAGGGGCUUGUGAGUUUGAACCUCAGGUAGCUUCAUGAAGGAGAAGGUUUCUACCAAGCAUGUUAAACCCAUUGGGCAAGAAUGACACAUGGAUUGUAAAUUAACAUUUUCUACAGGGUUUUUGCGAACUUUCACAUUGGCUUUUAAGUUAUGAAAUUUUAAGGCUGAAUCAGUUCUCAACUUCUCAUAUCAGCGAGUUUAUAUGUAAAAUAUAUGCAAAUA